AUGGAUGUAAUAAAUGAGUACAAUCUUCAUAUUUGUUAUCAAUUUCAUGGAAACUAUUUCAAGAAAACAUUCAAUAAAUUGUAUUGCUGUAAAUGGACAGCAAUAAAAGGAUGUUUAAGUGAUGAUGAUCAGAUUGCCAGUAGUUCAACAUCUGGAAGCACUGAAAUUGUGGAGACAAUCGGUCGACAAGGUGAAUUAAUCGAAUUUGUCAAACCAAUACCAAUCAUUUACAACUACGACGAUGACAUUACCAUUCGUUUUGAACUAUUCUCCGCUGAUAAAUCAGUGUCAUCAUCGGUUUGCUCAGAUUCUAGGCGAAAUUCCGAUACAAUUGUACGUUUUCGUAGUUCCAAUGAGAUUUUAUUUUGGGAUUUUGUUGAUUUGUUGGAGUGUGAGUUGAAUGCAGUGAUACAUCGAGGACGAUUAUCAGAAGAGGAAGAUGAAAGAAUUCGGGAAGGAUCAGCCGGAAAAUUUACCGUGAUAUCGGAACGAGUUCCUAUCGGUCGUUUCUUUUCUGAAAAGCAAAUCCGUAUGGAAAUUUCUAUUUCACAGUUGGAGAAGCGGGGUAAAAUGAAAUAUACUGACCUAGAAACCUACCUUGCAAUUUACAGAAAAAGUUUAAAAGACGACUAUAUUAUCAUUUAUCGAUCUCCAAAAACGGUGGAAAUCACUUCAACAAGUCUGCAUAAAUUUCCGGAAAUUGUUAUUCCGUAUGAUAGAUUACUUGGUGGAAUUGAGGAUAGGGUCAUUUAUUUUACGCUCCGAAAUGUCGCCAAUGGUGACAUCAUCGGUGAAGCAGAUCUCUUCUAUUCACGUUUGGUCGCUGAUGGUAAAGUAAAUUUAAAGUUACGAUCGCAUGAUAUUAGCACAAACAUAUUAUUUGGUGUAUCGAAGCGCUCAUUUCAUCCUGUUGGAGUUUUACAUGUUAACUUUUACAUGGACAAUAGCGCCAUGAGUUGUCCUUCACGUAGUAGCGCUGAAUAUCGACAUCGAUCCUCAAUUGAACUGUCAUCGUCAUUGAGUUCCACUGAAGAUCGUUGUCAACAUUUUGUCAAGAAUAGUGAUGAAGAAGAGAUGAGAUUUUCUCCUUCCUUUGGUAACGUUAUGCUAGCUAGUGGACGAACGCAAGCAUAUCUUCUAUCAUUACUGGCACCAACAAUUGAGGUACGAUUACGACAACCAUUCAUUCGAUCUGUUAAUUCUUUAACUGACAAUAAUCUUUAUAAAUCUACCUCAAAUAAUCUUUAA